UGCGGAGGUGAACGCGGAAGUAAAGACUAAGGCCACAUAAGCAUCAGGAACACGUUAGUGAGGAGUUUUAUGUCGCCGAAGGAACGAGAAUAACAACUGAACUAUGGGCCUGUGUGACCGACUGUCCCACUGUAAACCGGCGCUGGCCUUUGCCGUCUUGAUGGACUUACUGGGAGGAACUAUUCUGCUGGUGGGAGUCUUUGCCAAUCUGCAGAUUAAAGGACAAGACUAUGGAGACUUACUGGUCUAUACGGGAGCCCUGUUCGUGGUCAUGUCUCUGGCCGGUUGGGUGCUCUGGUACAGCGGGAACAUCGAGGGCCUGACGUCCAGGAAGGAGCUGGGACACAUCAGCAGCGCCGUCGACCGACUCGCUCGCAACCUCAGCCGCAAGAUCAUCACGUACAGGAGCCACCGCUGAGGAGGAUGUCAAAGGUCGCUUUCCUUUGAAAACCCUGGUGAUGCCUGUGUUUGUCAGUAUUAAUAUGAUGUACAGACACCGAACUGAACUGAGUCAAAGUGUUAAAAGCAGGUCAGAAACAUUUCAGCUGUAGAUGCUGUUCUGUUACAAAGUCAUUUCAUUUUGAAUAGUAUUUUUUCUAUUUUUUAAGUGUUGGAAUAUGACUUUUAUUCAGUAAAGCAGUUGUCUCUUGUUGCAUUUCAAUAAAAAAACUUUUUUUUUAAA